AUGGUUCCUUGUGCAGAACCAACUGAGGAGACCAAGGGCAAAGUUACCUCUGACAACAGCACUUCUGGGAUGCCUCUGGAUACGAACGGCCAGACGGAACGUUUAAAUCAGGAGCUUGAGGCCGCGCUCCGCUGUGUGACCUGUCAUAACCCUGCGACUUGGGACUCAUAUCUGCCGUGGGUGGAAUAUGCCCACAACUCCUUGGUUUCGUCUGCUACUGGGUUGUCACCGUUCGAGGCCUCUUUGGGUUAUCAGCCGCCCCUGUUUCCGGAGGAGGAGGCUGAUCUUGCUGUCCCCUCGGUCCAGCAUCAUCUGCAGCGCUGCCGUCGGGUCUGGUCUCGUACGCGGGAGGCGCUGUUGCGUGCUGUGGCUCGCCAACGUUGCUGUGCCGACCGUCGCCGGUCUCCUGCGCCCGUUUAUUCACCGGGACAGAAGGUGUGGCUCGCCGCGAAGGACAUCCCUCUCAGGGCAUCCUCCCGCAAGUUGUCUCCUCAUUACAUCGGCCCCUAUUCUGUGGACAGGGUCCUCAGCCCCACGGCUGUCAAGCUCCGUUUGCCUGCUGCCUUGCGGAUUCACCCGGUCUUUCACGUUUCUCAGGUGAAGCCGGUGGUGUCUAGUCGUCUGUGCCCGCCUCCGGUGCCCCCGCCUCCCGCCCGGCUCAUUGACGGGCACCCUGCGUUCUCUGUCCGGCGCAUUCUGGGUGUGCGGCGGCGGGGUCACGUCGUGGGGCGGGUGCUGGUCGGCCGCCAGGUGGCGUCUCUUGAGGGGGGGGGUACUGUCAUGGUCCGGGUGUGUGCCAGUGUGUCUCCCUCCGACCCGGCGUCUCCACCCCGGGGAGGGGCCUCAGUGUUUUUGCUCAUCGCUUACACCUCUACACCCAACUGUCAACCCCUGUCGAAGAGCACCUACUUGGAUGCUGGACCAUCUGGCAGUCCCACAGGCUAUUACCCAGAUUACCUACCUGCCUCUCUGCCUCCACGCCAGGAGUUUUUUGGAUUUCACACCCGGACUACUUACCCCUCUACGUCAUCUCCGACCUCCUUUGGCAAGUACGCAGGAUCGUUCGGUUCCCCGAAGCUCAUCCGGGACUUGCUUUUAUUACUAGGUCAGGGAAUUUUAAGGUCCUGCUCUCACCUACAGGAUCGUGUUCACACUGAGGACGAGCUCUUCAGGAGUUUGUUUAGAGGCUACAGCAAGUGGACUCGACCGGCGAAGAAUGUCACAGACGUGGUCAUCGUCAAGUUUGGCCUGUCCAUCGCCCAGCUUAUAGAUGUGGAUGAGAAAAAUCAGAUGAUGACAACCAACGUGUGGCUGAAACAGGAAUGGACGGAUUACAAGCUGCGGUGGAGUCCUUCUGACUUCAACAAUGUGACGUCCAUCAGAGUCCCUUCUGAGCUCAUCUGGGUGCCCGACAUUGUGCUGUACAACAAUGCUGACGGGGAGUUCGCUGUCACCCACAUGACCAAGGCACAGCUGUUUUACACCGGUCGUAUCCGCUGGGUACCGCCCGCCAUCUACAAAUCCUCCUGCUCCAUCGACGUCACCUUCUUCCCCUUUGACCAGCAGAGCUGCAAGAUGAAGUUCGGAUCCUGGACGUAUGACCGUGCCAAGAUCGACCUGGAGCCCUUUGAGAACACCGUGGACCUGAAGGGCUACUGGGAGAGUGGAGAAUGGGCAAUUGUCAACGCUGUAGGAACCUACAAUACCAAGAAAUACGACUGCUGUCACGAGAUCUACCCCGACAUCACUUACUACUUCGUGAUCCGCCGCCUGCCGUUGUUCUACACCAUCAACCUCAUCAUCCCCUGCCUUCUCAUCUCCUGCCUGACCGUCCUGGUCUUCUACCUGCCAUCAGACUGCGGCGAGAAGAUCACGCUGUGCAUCUCCGUGCUGCUGUCGCUCACUGUCUUCCUGCUGCUCAUCACCGAGAUCAUCCCAUCCACAUCGCUAGUCAUCCCGCUGAUUGGGGAGUACCUGCUCUUCACUAUGAUCUUUGUCACGCUGUCAAUCAUCAUCACCGUGUUUGUUUUGAAUGUGCACCACCGAUCAUCAGAGACUCACACCAUGCCCCGGUGGGUUCGGAGGCUUUUCCUGUCUGUGGUGCCGCGCUGGCUCUGCAUGAAGCGCCCGCAUCAUGGACUCAGGCCUGCAAGGAGUCUGAUCUUAGAGUGGGAUACCCCUGUGGAGUGUGGUUCGACCCAGAACCAGUGGGACUCUUCUUUGUCUCCUGCUGUCAUAUCCGCCCUGGAGGGCGUAACGUACAUCGCUGAACACCUAAGAGCAGAAGAUGCAGACUUUUCGGUGAAGGAGGACUGGAAGUAUGUGGCCAUGGUCGUAGACCGGAUCUUCCUGUGGAUGUUCAUCAUAGUGUGUCUGCUGGGGACCGUUGGACUCUUUCUGCCUCCGUGGCUCUCUGGGAUGAUUUAAAACCAAGACUAGAUGUUAAAAACACUAAUAUAUUAUAUACAAAAGUGGAAGAGCAUGGUUAGCUUUUAAAUUUGUUGCAACAGACGAGUCUAGGAAACUUAUUUCAUGGAGGACAAAAAGUACAAAAAUUAAUAAUAAAGAGAAAUUAAUUAUUAAUGCAAAUAUUUAUAAAAUGAAAU